ACAAACAAACAGAAUGCACAAUUAAGUAACAGCAACCAGUUCUAAUGUAUGCAACAACAAUAAAAAAAGUGCAAUCUGCAGAAGUCAUUGGCAUUUAAUAAGUUCUCCAUCUGCCCCAUUUUUGAUUUGUGGGUUAAAACAUUCAUGAAAUAAUUUGUAGCAGCAGUAAUUGUGGAAAAUACAAUAUAAAUCUGAGGGACUGAAUAAAGAUACACGCCACACUUUUCAAAUAAUUACAUUAAAAAAAAAAAGUAACAACUAUCCAUUUAAAAGCAGUUCACAAGGUAUGGAUACCUACGAAAAGAAAUAUAACACAAGCUCUUGUUGUUUUUUCUAUGAUAACACCAAAAAUAAAAGGUUGAAUUCCUUCAAAUCAGGUUAUUAUGUUGCAUCUGUUAAAGCGAUCGAUUUGCAACAUUUGGGAAACACUUGUGUUUUAUUCACUCUGUAGAAGCGCGUGUUUCCCCCACACUGUGAUGGUCGACGCUUCCUCUUUAAUGUGAACCACUAAGGACGGGAGAGUCGGGGAAGACGGAGCGCAGAGGGAUAGGGCGAGGCGCACAAGAAGCUUUUAGUAUGCGCUGCAAUGCCCAACUGCAGCCCACUCAUCUCAACUAUGGUGAAUUACGGUGAAAUAUGAGAAACUAGAAGACGAGCCGGCGGUUCAAAAACAGAUAGUCGUGAUGACAAAAACAUAGCCGCUGUCGCUGUUAGUCAAACCAAUGCUGAGACGGACAGAUGCCAAGGAGCAGAAGAACGACCUGAAGGCAACUCAAAAGAAGAAACAAACUGGAUAAAAAUCCAUGCGUCUGCGCAACAAGAGAAUCCCGGUGAAUUCCUGCAUGCCAUUAGCCUCUGAAGCAAUCCUAUAGUACGAAGAUAAUGCUAUGCUGCUUUGUUUAGUGCAUGAAGACUGUUGUGGCUGUCCUUCCAAACAGGAUGGCUGCAAAUGGCUUGAGCAUGUCUGGCACCUGUCGUUCCAAACUAACCCGACUUUACCGAACAAGAUGCCGUUAAAUGUAUGAUAAUCCCAGUGCAUGAACCUGGCUGGCUGCUUUAUUUUAAAAGUCAUGGAGAAAACAUAAGUCCAUAUUAGCGAUUAAAUACGUAAUCGGAGGAUUGCGUGUCCAUGGAAUGGGUUGUGAACAUAAGCAUCCGCUUGUUAUGCGCAUCACUUGUUAUUUUUCAUGGAUAUUUCCCAUUAGAAAAAAAAAAAGAUGGUGAAAUGUACAUGGGGUUGGCUUUUAAAAACCACAAUUCAAGACUAAAAGAGAUGCAAAGCCCCUCGGGGCGAAACAUGUCUGAGAAUCAAACAGGUGAUUGCGCCUUACAUAUUUGCUGAAGCAUGGGGUGUCUGAAUAAAAAUGCUGCCAGCAGCGUUUCCCGCUCAGCCUCCCUUCCUCACUGCCUCUGCUGAUAAGAGGUUGCAGAGGAUCACCUUGGCUGUUGCCGCCUGUCGCGUCCGCAUGUUAUUCUGAAGAAAACAGAGGUCCGCUUUUGCUGAUGACAGCAUUUUCAAAUGAUCUUAAGAUAAAUCGCCUUUCCCAGCAUAACCUAGCCAAGCAGCUUCAGUCUGUAGUACUUUUUGCCCAGCAUGUUUCUGUUAGGACGCAGAGGGGAGGGGGGUUGAUCCAGCAUCCUCACACCUUCUCCCCCCUCCUGUAGUCCCGCUGCCGCCUUGAAGCAGAGGCGGAGUCAUCUGGGGACUGAUAACCCUUCAAAAACGAGCUCAUCUGUCAGAGGGGAUUUACUUUGGACCAAACUCAUCACCUGAGCCAUUGUCAUCAAGCUUUUCUCCCCUUUCUGUCCUUUUAGCUUUUUGCAGGCAGAGGUGCCUGUGCCCCAUCCCACAAGUGCAAAGAACUUUCACAUCCAGCCCACUGUGGCCCCAUCCUGUCUGAAAGCUGCAGGCCCCAUCUUCCUCCACCAUGACGGUUGCCACCAGCGACCCUGCAGAUGAAGCAGCGACGCAUUCAGGUCAGCCUCAUGACCAGUAUGACCCAGAGCCAGACCAUGAGUGUUGCGAGAGAGUUGUCAUCAACAUUUCAGGCUUGCGCUUUGAGACUCAGCUGAAGACCCUGUCUCAGUUUCCAGAUACGCUGCUGGGUGAUCCCAAGAAAAGGAUGAGAUAUUUUGAUCCCCUCCGGAAUGAGUACUUCUUUGACCGUAAUCGACCAAGUUUUGAUGCUAUCCUGUAUUACUACCAAUCUGGUGGGAGGCUUCGCCGGCCUGUCAAUGUGACUCUGGACAUAUUUUCUGAGGAAAUUCGAUUUUAUGAGUUGGGUGAGGAGGCUAUGGAAAUUUUCAGAGAAGAUGAAGGUUUUAUAAAGGAAGAGGAGAGACCACUGCCAGAAAAUGAGUUUCAGAGACAAGUGUGGCUUCUGUUUGAAUACCCAGAGAGCUCGGGUCCAGCUCGAAUCAUUGCCAUCAUUUCCGUCAUGGUGAUUCUUAUAUCGAUUGUAAGCUUCUGCCUGGAAACACUGCCACUUUUCCGAAAUGAAGAUGAGGAGAUGUACAAUUACCCACUGCAUUCCAUGUCCAACUCCACCUCUACGUAUGACCCCUCAACAUAUUUUACAGAUCCUUUCUUCAUUGUGGAGACCCUCUGUAUCAUCUGGUUUUCUUUUGAGUUCCUCGUUCGAUUUUUUGCCUGUCCAAGCAAAGCUGGAUUUUUUGGUAACAUUAUGAACAUCAUAGAUAUUGUGGCAAUCAUUCCAUACUUCAUCACCCUGGGCACAGAGCUUGCGGAAAGGCCAGAGGAUAGCCAGGCUGGCCAGCAGGCCAUGUCCUUGGCCAUACUCCGUGUCAUUCGUCUAGUAAGGGUGUUUCGCAUCUUCAAACUCUCACGUCACUCUAAGGGUCUCCAGAUCUUAGGACAGACACUGAAGGCCAGUAUGCGUGAGCUGGGCCUCCUAAUCUUUUUCCUGUUUAUUGGUGUAAUUCUCUUCUCUAGCGCUGUCUACUUUGCAGAAGCAGAUGAGCCACAUUCACAGUUUAGCAGCAUCCCUGAAGCAUUUUGGUGGGCAGUGGUUUCCAUGACCACUGUAGGCUACGGAGACAUGGUACCGACCACUAUUGGAGGAAAAAUUGUGGGCUCUCUCUGUGCAAUUGCUGGUGUGCUGACUAUUGCCUUGCCCGUGCCUGUCAUUGUAUCAAAUUUUAACUAUUUCUACCACAGAGAGACAGAGGGUGAAGAACAAGCACAGUAUCUGAAUAUCCCAAGUGUGCCUAAAGGCAGUUCUGCUGAUGAUCUGAAGAAGAGUGGUCGAAGUGGGAGUGGAUCCACCCUCAGUAAGUCUGACUAUGUUGAGAUCCAGGAGCCUGUUAACCACAGUACUGAGGACUUCCGACCAGAGGGCAAAAAAACAGGAAACUGCACUCUGGUCAAUACUAAUUUCGUAAAUAUCACUAAAAUGCGUACAGAUGUAUAAUGUGACUUGCAAUGGAAGGUCAAACAUUGUUAGUAUUGCAGGAAGGUGAAUUCAUGUCUCCCUCUGCUCAUGAAUUAUAGUACCAAGGAUAAGAAAGCAGAACAAGAUGAGAGCAAGAUGAACUCACACAAAGGGUAGAUGGAGAAGACCUCAAGUUCUCCUAUCACGCAGAAUAAACAGUGCACUUUGCAGAACUGCCAGCCAUCUUGUUUAGGACAUUUUCAUGUCUGCAUGGAGUUAGUCUUAUACAGUAGAAAUAGUUUGUAACAGUGGUUGUCCUGCUUGCAUCAGUAGCCAACUAGUAGCCUAAUAAAUAAUAAUUCAUUAUUGCAACAUAAAGGGACCAGUAGUAUGUAUUAUAUUACUUAAACUGCUCCAGACAAAAAUGGACAGUCAAGAUCAUUUUAGUGUUCGCAUUUUUUAUGAAUUUGUAACCUAGCUUGUAAUGACAAAAGGUCUGGUGUGAGAAUUCACGGGCAACUUUAACCUGCUACUCAAACUACUGAGGCCCCGAUUAAAAGAAAAACAGAAUCACACUAUUCUGUUGGGGGAAUACUCAUCGGAGCAACAGAGAGAGUCUGAGACAGUCAUAAUGGUGUUUCAGUACAAUCAGAGACUUGCAUUUAGCAUUCAUCCCUUUGCUCUGUUUCUUUUAGUAUAAACUAGAGGUCAAUGUGGGGACAAGCAAUUAUCUCUACUAAUAACCCAAACUAUUGGGCUAAUCAGUUCAGACAACUAGAAGAGUUGUCUGAACUGAAUGAUGAGAAUGUUUACUUUGUAUAUUUUUGAUAUUUUUGUAGUAUAUUUUUAUUGUGUUAAAUACAUGUCUCAUUUAUGUUUUCAAUGCUCAAGGAUAUAGGGAAUAUUUUCACUGUAUUGCUCAGAGUCAGUGCCUGUUUCUCUUUGACUGUAAGGGAGAGCGAGGCACAACCUAACACUUUUUUUGCAACCAUGUACAACCAUUGGACAUAGAUUUCCUUAUUCUAUUUUUUAAUCUUAAUUUCAACCAUUUUAAUUGGUAUGCUGCAAAUGAAACUCAAUGCCUGUUCUAGUAACCUACAGGGUUUCUAAAUCAUCACUGAAAGUAGCAGCAGAGACAUUUUACAUCCUGCCCCACAGGUGCUGUAAAUUGUUUAGCAAAUCUCUAUGAAUUUAAGUGGGAGCUGUCUGAAAAUGUGCACUGUAUUUUCUUUUGACAAAAUCUCAAAAUGUCUGGAUGUACACACUACUUAACUCUAAGAAACUCUGUAAAAUGUCUGUGCUUGAAAUAACCUCCGUGUUAGGACAUGCCCCACACUCCACAACCUAUAAAUGUCUGUGAAGUUAGAUUUUAACACCACUGCCCAACAUAAAUCUUUGCUGUUCUGGACUUCAAAUCAUUCCAUGUUAUGAAGAGAUUAAGGAGAAGCUUUAUUAUGUCAUGUACUUUAUCUUGAAGCUGAUGUCAGGUGCAUUUUAUAUAUAUUGCAGAAAACCGACCUUAUGUAUGAUUUUGAUUAUUUAUGCUUUAUACUGCAUUGUCCAUUGUUUUUAGAACCACAUUCAACCAAAGAAGGAGCUCAACUACAGUUACUCUGAGUGUUAUAAGGUCUGUCAUUUACCUGGAGUGUUACAUAUUUUUUGUGGUUGUUAUUCAGGUAUGAAAUAAUUGUUAGCAUUUUAAAAUCUAUGUAGAAACUUGCUGACAACAUUAAGCGGUACUGUAGCUGCAGUAGAAACAUUAAUACUAACUUAUUGGCUUAAUGUAAUGCUUUACUUCUUCAUGCCUACUUUCCCCUGUCAUUUUCUCCCAACCAAUAAAUCCAAAUUAGUAAACUACGUCCUUCUGGAGUAAAUCAAAUUAAGGCACCUAUUUUCCUGUACUGUAGAUGCAGGCUGCCAUGGUCCCUCUUGUAUCAUAGGCUGAAAACACAUGCACUUAUUACCCAUAACAUAAUCACUGACAGAAGAAGUAGAUAACACUGGACUCUGUUAUUGUGUAUCUUGUUUGUGGGAAGGAUAUACUAGGUAGCAAGAGUGCAUUUUCCCCUCAAAGAUAAUGUGUUAGAAGAAAAUGGGUUGUCAUGGUUGGAAGCAAAUUUGACGAGAGCUAACUUGUGAUCAUCUUCAAAACUGCUUCUUUUGAGGGGCAUGCCAGCCUGUGGUGGUUAGUAUCCAACAAUGAGGAUUUAAGGAAGGGACAAUGGUUGACUAAUCCAUGUGUUCAGCGAUAAGUGUGCCGUGUGGCCUAAUGCAACAGAUGAGCAACUGUAGCUCAAAUUGAAGAAGAAGCUAAUACUGGUGCAUGUGCAUUGUUCACAUGGAAAACAAGUGGAAUCAAGAUUCACUGUGAGAACUAGCAAGCUGGCGGAGUCAAUGUGAUGCUCGCUCAAUGUUAUGCUGGGAACCCUUGUGCAGUUUGCUUAUAGUGGGAAACACAAACAGAGUGUCCAGCAAACUAAAGAAAGAACAUCAGGAACAUGGAGGAUAGCUUGCUGUCCUGUAUGAUAUGCAUAGUGGCCUGCCUCUUAUGCUUAAGAAAUAAAUCUGCACCCAGACUGAAUAAAUUUUGUGUUGCUCCAUUGUUUGUUCUCUUAUGAAAAAGGUGUUGGGAUUAGAUUUACAUUUUUGGUGCUUGUCAAUCAAUGAGUUUGUUUUUUAAAUCUUUAUGGGGUUUUUUUUUCUCCUUCCUGGUCAACAAUCAUUUUGGCAAUACCUUCUUAAAUACAUAGCUGCUUCAGCUGCAUGAUGGUCUGGUCUUCUUUCAGAAGUACAGAGUGAAAGUUUACCAGAAAGAAUCAAAGCGCCCUGGUCUAUACAUUUGAGUAAGCACCUUAGAAGGAUAUACAGCUAACACUGCUGAUACACAACACACCUUUAGGGAUCUGGUGGAAAAGUCAGGGCUGUUUCAACAGCAAAACAGUGAAAACACUUUAUGUUAUACCUGAUUGUUGUAUGUAUCUCAGUUUAGUAUCCUGUUAGCUCAGCUGUUGUAUCAAUCUAUUAUGCAUAAAUGCAGUAAUGUAGAACAGGCAGGGUUGCCAUUUACUGUUCCUCCUUAACUUGUAUCAUUCUGCUUUUGUAGAACUACUCGCCCUGUAAAGUUGUAGCAUGCCCUAGAAUGAAUAACAUUUAAGUAUUAAACUGACUUAACUGUGCUCCAAAACUCACUUGGGUCACAAUCCAUUUUAAGAGAGUGCUGUAUGUCUAUGAGUCCUUAUGAUUCGACAGAUACGGUAAUUUAUGACAGGAAAUAGGGAAAGUAUGAUUAUAGUCCUGGAAAUCUACAGUUGGACGUUAGCUACUCAUUCUUUCUCCCAACAGUUCAGUGUCUUGAAUAUUAUCCAAAUAAAAGCACAACAGCUACUACCUGCUGAACCCAGUGGAUGCAACGAGAUUCAUAGUUAGAGUUUUUGCUCAGCUGAGUGUAUUAUAAUGCUCCAAGGAAACGUAUGAGUGCUCCUCUCACUGACAUAUCGUUCCAUCAAGCUUGAUGUGUGGCGUACAUUCGUAUCUGUGCAUGUGUGUGUUCGGGAGAGACGAGAGGAAUGGAAAGCUUGUACACACACACAAGCCGAGUGUUGAGCUUUUAGAGACAACAUUGUAGCUAGUCCUGUUAACUGCUAGCUCAAAUGACAGGGGCGGUCAUUGUCUUCUAAUGUAUCCCUGUGUACUGUUUACAGUCUGUAUACAUAACAUAUGCAUAAAGUACAUCUAAUAUGGGACGCUGACAGAAUUCCCUGUUACACAGAAGAUGUGCUUCACAAAGGAUGUGUUGGCUUAUGGGAUAAGCUAUAGUGUCUGCCAAGGCCUAUAUUGCAGGAAGCAUGAAAAAAUGUCUUAGGAUGCAGUACAUCUGAUAAAGAAUGUAAAAUAAACACUGCCUACACCCAAGUUCCUAUUCUUUCUCUUUUAGUUUUUUUUUUUUUUUACAGUGGUUUGUGCUUCUCUAAACUCUCUGUUAUUGAACAUCUAUGUCACUUUAAGUUUGGCCUUGAGCCCUGUUCUUUCAGUUCUUGUUACCAAACACACAACUGAAGUGACACACUGCCGAGACAAAAUUGUUCUCCUGGAGAAUCCAACAGGAGUCUAAGAACAGAAUGUGAACUGCCGAAAACUCCUCCAACUCGUGGAUAUUUACACACAAAAACCCACACCUACCAUUUGAACAUAUAGCUUGUGUACUAAUGUGUACAUACACUGCCUGUGGAAAAUUAUUUUAAUGGACAUGCCUGAGGAUGGAAAACCUACAUGUGGCUUUGUGUAGCCUAAAGGCCACCAAGGACUAAAACCCACAGAUGAUUGCACUUGUGUAGCCAUGCUAAUUUAUCUAAUGUUUCUAGCUGCUUUAUAUGAUGUCUUUUGUCUAACAAUGCUUAAAGCUACUGCUACAGUAUGUAUAGACUCCCAUGUGUUUCAAAACUGAAAUUUAUGCUGCUAAUCUAAUCACAAUAUAUAUAUAUAUAUAUAUAUAUAUGAACAUAUAGUAAAUAUAUAAUACAAUUUAAGUGAAAAAUGAAAUGUGUACUACCACAAAAUAUUGCUUUUUGUUGAAUGUCAUUAAAUCAAAUGCAGUGAAUGAGGUUUGUUGAAGAUACACACACAGGCCUUGCUUAAAUACUUUGUGUCUUACUCUGUCUACUUUCUAUACCUUGAGCCAAUUGUGUGACACUCAUAAAGCCUAACUAAUCCUAUGGUUCUUCUCAAUUUUCUGUGUAGCUGCUGUCUUUCACCACUGUGUUGAAAAGCCCUUGAAACAAACUGUAUGUUGUUGCCUACAGAAGAAUUAUGUGUUGGAAUGCUACCCAUGGACUUCUGAUGGACAUAAAUACGGUAGUCAGGAAAAUCUUCCAGUGUCAUUAUUUUAAAAAUAUUGUAAAACUGGAACAUGUAAUGAUCUAAAUGAUGUCAGUAAAAGAAAAAAAGAAAAAAAAACUUCUAUAUAAACACAAGUUACUGUUGUGUUUCUUUUUAUGAGUCC